AUGCACGCCGGAAAUCACAGCAUGGAGGACAUUGUGACGGUGACUAGCCCGAGCACGCCAAGCACCAACACGGUUCAUCCCAGCGUAAACGACAUGGACUGGUUCGCCGGCGUCGCAGAGGAGGAAUUGUUGUAUUACACGGGGGUCGGUAACGACGUCGACUCCCUUUGGGCUGUGAUAGGAAGCUUCGUACCCCCGCCACCAAGACCGCCAUAUUUACCGGAGGAAGGUGUCACCACCGACGGGCUCACCACCUGUGAUUUGUGCUCGUGGGCGUGGAGGAACGACAGGCAUUCCUUUUCCCUCGACGGCACUCUCGAAGCUCCUGGAGAAUUGGGCUGGGUACUCACCCUGGUGAUAGUGUCUCUGGUAUCAGCUGGUAUCGGUGCCGUGGUGAUGGUGACGCUUCUCCACUGUCGAAGAAUGAAGAGCGCUGGUGGCAGAGCAAGCUGUUGCGGUGUCGGCGUCGAGGACACGAACGGUCAGGAAGCCGGUGGCCCAGGUGGAGGAGCCGGGGCUGGUGGCGGUGUGGCGGUUAUACCCGAUCGACCGCCCCUCGAAUUGGACAAACUGCCUCCUUAUCACGACGUCGCGCCUAGUCCCGGGCACAAUGUGUGGUCGUGGCUUGGCUCACGACGCGGCGGCGGUACGCCAGGAGUCGUCACGACGCCUCUGUCGCUUCCGCAACACCGACGGGCGAUGAAUCUUCCCGUGGAGAACCACUACACCCACAUGCAAACGGACGAGGCGCUCUACGCAGAACUGGACUCGCAGGCCGCGAGCUACGCGAGCGAUCUACAGCUACAAAUGAGAGGAAGCUCGACGUACGGUACAACUUCCGGCGGCCAGGAGGACGAAUACCACGAGCUGGACGCCGCUAGGUUACAUCGUCAUUACGGCGGAGGCAACGAGGACGGCUCGUUGCAGAGGGACACUCUACGUACACGGCAUAGUAAAAGGUUACAAGAACCGGAUUACGAGAUGUACGAGAACGGUCCGUCGACGCCGGUCCCGCCAGGUCAGAUGCAGCAUCAUCAUCACCACCAUCAUCACCACAACCAUCACCAUCAUCAUCAGGAGCUAAGGAUCGGCAGUCGGAACGGCGAGCAUCCGUCCUACCAGAACACCGCGUACACCGGAAGCGACGCGGAACCGGACGGUCCGACGUUGAGCAGCGCGCCGAGCAGCGCGUACUACAGCGAUCUCAGCUCGAACUCGACGAACCAACAGAUACCGACAGCAGCGUCCACGAACAGCAACACGAAUCUCCAUGUGAAUCAACAAGGCCUUGAAGCACCGCAGUACCGUCUAGCGGCGAUAAACGAGACCUCGGUGCCGUCUGACUACAUCUAG